UCUCCUCAUUUUGCUCUUUUGGGGAGUGAGAGACGGAGGGAGGGGGGUGAAGCAUUUCCUCUUUUUCCAUUUGCAUCACACAGAGAGGCAAAAACUCAAGACUGAACUACAAAUGAGGCCGAAUUAAAGUGAACAGACCUGGAAGAGGAUGCUGCAAAAAAACGGCAACGCUUCCAAAACAAGCUCGAGUGGACGGAGUGGACACUAGUGGACGGAAAUAAAAGGGACAGAUCAGCCAAAGUUUGACGUAAUUCUGUCCCGUGUAACCAGGAAUAGACUUUAGUGUCAUGAUGGAAGUAUUUCUCAAGAAGAAAUAGACAUUUUCUCACUCUAAACAGGCUGCGUGGGAACAAAAAUACACGGUUUUCUUUAUGAGUGUGCAGCUGGAAAAAGUGGCACAUCUCCUUUUUCCACCAAUUGUGGACACUAACUUUUAUCGCAUGUGAUGAAUACAAAGAAUUUGGGAUCUCCAGCAGACACUCCUAGGAGAAUCACGGAGAUUUAAGCUGUAUGUUCUGGGUUUUAAAUACCUGUCGACGCUUCUGGACAUGGACAGAGAAGUGAUCAUGUAAUUUGGGUGAAGUCCUCGGAAAACUCUUCAGGAAAGCCCAAUGAGUGGCACACAGUCAACACUCACUGACAGGUAGGACAAAUGUUCACUUUGCCAAACUGAUCAUCUCUGCCAUCAUACACAAAUCAGCUUAUUUGUCACAAUUGGACGAUAAAAAAUGUGAUAUAUACCAGAUUUCCUUAUUGUAAGACAAGUUACUGAAUCAUGCCAAACCCCGUUAAAAAAUAUUCAAUUUAACUUUAUUUUAGUUGUUGCAAAACAUAAACAAUUUAAAAUGCAUAAAAUACGACAUUUUAUCAACAAAGCUAAAAUUCUUGUCACUUCGGCCUCCAAAAGAUUGGAAAAUAGCAAAACAAUUCCUCUGAAGCUGUAGUUUUUAAACUUAACUGACUUUUUUAGUGCAUGAAAAUGGCGAAAAGCGCUCCCGAUCAUCGGUACAAAGGAUAGAUUUUAGGUUUGAUUUUAAGAAAUGUUAACCGCGCUCGCUCCUCUGAAUGAAUGCCGAAUUAUUUUAAAAGUUUCAACCAUUCCUGUGAGUUACUUAAUUGUUUUUGUAAAUUGUAUGUUUUUGUGGAAAACCAGCGGCAAUGUUCAAAUUACAGAAUUUUUAACGGGGUUCGUCAAAGGGGUUUCUAAACAGGACAGACACAAGUGACCUAACAAGGCUCGUUCUUCUCCCUUAUUUUCUGGUGAACCUGAUUUGUCUUGAGUGUUGAUGACUAGCCCAAUCAGCAGGGGGCAUUUUCUGUACUUGUGGCCCCCAAAGGUCACCUGACAUGAGAGGUUACCUACAGGACAGGAUGCUGAAGUGCAUGGACUCAUCCUCUAGAAUUUUUCCCAGAUACCUGAAUCUGAGACAAUUUCCUUCUAGUCUGGCUUGGCUAAAGGCGGACUGAUUGGAACAUCUGUGUGUAAACUUGCCCUUUAGUAUUAUGCAGUGAAGGCUUUCUGAAGUCUCAUUUCAGGCCUGUUUUUCUAGCUCUACAAUCACAUCUGCCUGAAGCAUUCAAACAGUCAUUUUUAAUUAUAUGUACCUGCACACAUUGGUGCAGGUUUGACAGAAGAAGCAAGCGUAAAAAGAAACAUAUUUUUUCUCUUUUUGACUGUUUUUGGCAGACCCCUCUCUGGACUUUGUUGGUACAAAGCUAAACGUCUUUUAUGAGGUGAAUCGUUUUCUCGAAAGGUUAAUGGUUGACUUUAGGCUUAACAGAUUCCAUCUCAUGUAAGUCACUUGUGUAUUUUUACUCUGAGUAAUCAGGAGUUUCCUCAGAGGAAGAGCCAAAACAAAGGCACACAUGACUGCCUUGGAAAGUCAAACAAAGUCAUUUGAUUUUCUGACCUUCAGCCUGCGAAGAGGAUCGACCCGUUCAUCUGCUCUGCUGCUUUUUACAAGAACGGGCCUCUUUCAGGAAGUCUUCAUUCUCCCUAAUGUUUCCAUAAAGAAAAAAAUUCACAUAGAAACUGAAUUCUGUUUAAAACCCAAACAGACUGUAGAGGUGGAAAGCAUGGCACACACACGAAGACAAGACUUAAAGGAAAAAUGUACCCUGAAAAUGUGUUAUAUCUACAGCAUUUCACAGCAUUUUACAGCCCGGGGUUGAAUGACAAAGAUGACAUACCCUCACUUAUUAUGGUAAAUACAAAGAUAAAGAGCCCAUAUCAAACUUAAUCGGAUUAAAACUCCCAAAAAACAUCUCAGUGAGGCAGCAGGAUAUGCUGCCUCAGAUACAUGACAUGAAAUCCAAAGUUCACAGCAAGAGUUUGUAAGAGAAAGUAUUGACAUUGUUUACCUGUAAAUAAAAGGAUUAAAAAUGACAUCUCAGUACCUCAGGAGGAGUUACAGGCUGUUACAAACAUGCUUUGAUUGGUGGACAAGGGCCAGCCUUCAUGAAGCCAGUGCUGAAGCGCUAAACUGCAGUUCUUAAAGUGUCCACUGGAGGCUGCCUUCGAAAUCCAUCCAAACUUCAUUAGAGCUCAUAUAAAGAUGCCCACUUGUGAAACUGAGUUGACAGAACAAUACUCUCUGUACUAUUUAGUAGCAGCACAUGCCCCUGGUAAUAACCCCCGUAAAAACUGUUGUUCAGGAUUGCUUACUUGUGCUUCCUACCCAUUCGGCUACUGUAAUAACCGUUGUUCGAGCCGACACACAACAUUUUUGUUCUCAUUCAUGAAACACUUAAAUCUUUUGCCGGGGACAGGUCAUCCAAUUCAGGGACUGUCCCCGGAAAUUGGGGACGUCUGGUCACCUUAAAGUAGGGGUGCCACUAAUGUGACUGACUGGGUGGUGUAUUUUAUUUAUUCUCUAAUGUCAAGUCUAAGGCAUCAGCUCCACCUCUUUGCUGGUUUCUACCUGUUAAUGAUCGUAUUUAGAGCCAGCGUUUCUAAUCUGCCGAGCCCCAUAAUAGGCCUUUAUAAUGCCUCUUCAUAGAUAAAUGGAUUCCCGGGGAGAAAUGUUUUUUGCUCAGUUGCUUAUUUACCUCCAAUUACCUUUUAUUAAUGUGAUGUUGAACCAUGCCAUUGCACAUUACUUAUUUUGCCUUGUGCAACAUCAAACUAUAAAAGUUAGUUGUCCAUUUUUUAUCAAAUAGGUCCUGAUAAAUACAUAUAAAAGAAACAUGGCCUCUCAGUUUUUUCUGUUACUUUGCAGUAAACAAUGCAGAACAAAUAUCUGUAUCUGAGCAGCUGUAAUCUGUAACCAAUAUUAUUACACACUUAUAACUAACCAUGCAUCAAACCACACUUAACAUGUGACAUUUGCACCAACCUAUACUACCACUAUUUCUUUAUUUAUGAAGCCAGGUUAGUUUCAUUCUGUAAAAACUCAACUUUCUGUGGACUGUGAAGGUUAUAACUAAGGCCUACUCUACAGAAAAAGGGUUCAGUUUCCAGGCAACAUGAGUGCUGGCUCCAGCAGUGGUUUGGUCACCUCUUGGCUGUAGUUCAGGGGUUUCUCAGUGAGAAGAAUUCAAUGUGAACAGCCUGUUAGGUUUCCCCUAACAUAAGUGAUAUUUCACUGUCUGCAUGUGACAAUCCUCAGCAUGGAGCAUGUUCUCCUGUCUGCCUGUCCUCGAGGGGAGACUAAAACCACCCCACAAGAACACAGUGUCAGUUUUGUUUGGCUCAUGUAACCCAGUUUAAAGCAGGUUAAAGGGGAUGGCGGGUCUGAUCUUUUCUGUUAGGAUUCUUUUUAUUUCCCACACAUUUGCCUCUUAGAGGAACAUCAUGACUAAAGAGACUUUUAACCCAGUUUUGUGAUCUUUUUUUUUUCUUCCAAAGACGAAAAACAAACUGUUUAAAGAAGGAUGUCUUUCUGCUGAUAUCCCCCGCUGGUUUUUAAAGAACUGUUUUGAAGCCCAAAGAUGGCGAUUGCCAUUUUGGAUGCUGACUUUGACAAACUUUUUGCUAAUGGAGAAAGCCAAGCCCUCAUUUAUGGAUUCUAAAGUACCUCUUUUAACCUCAAUAUAUUAAAAACAGAUGAGCUAUAUAAAAAUUUAAGUCCUGCACAGCUGGUUCGAGUAAAGAAUAUAGGUAUAAAGUCCAGAGAAGUUUUCUGUGCAAGGCUUUAAAUACACACGUGGACAAAAUUGUUGGUACCCCUCAGUUAAAGAAGGAAAAACCCACAAUUCUCACUGAAAUCACUUGAAACCUACAAAAGUAACAAUAAAUAAAAAUUUAUUGAAAAUUAAAUAAUCAAAAUCAGCCAUUACGUUUGAAAUGUUGAUUAACAUAAUUAUUUAAAAAAAACAAACUAAUGAAAUAGGGCUGGACAAAAAUGAUGGUACCUCUAUAAAAGAUUGAAAACUAUUUGACCAGAGUGACAUGAUUAACUCAGGUGUGUCCUUUAAUUGACAUCACAGGUGUUUCCAAACUCAUAAUCAGUCAGUCUGCCUAUUUAAAGGGAGACAAGUAGUCACUCAGCUGUUUGGUGAAAAGGUGUGUACCACACUGAACAUGGACAACAGAAAGCGAAGGAGAGAAUUGUCCCAGGACAUCCGAAAAAAAAAUUAUAGACGAACAUCUUAAAGGUGCAGGCUAUAAGACCAUCUCUAAACAGCUUGAAGUUCCUGUGACAACAGUGGCUCAUAUUAUUCAGAAGUUCAAGACCCACGGGACAGUAGCCAACCUCCCUGGACGUGGCCGCAAGAGGAAAAUUGAUGACAGAUUGAAGAGACAGAUCGUUCGAAUUGUAUCCAAAGAGCCCAGGACAACCUCCAAAGAAAUUAAAGGUGAACUCCAAGGCCAAGGUACAUCAGUGUCAGAUCGCACCAUUCGUCGUUGUUUGAGCCAAAGUGGACUUCAUGGGAGACGACCAAGGAGGACACCACUGCUGAAAAAAAUCAUAAAAAAGCGAGACUGGAAUUUGCAAAAAUGCAUGUUGACAAGCCACAAAGCUUCUGGGAGAAUGUCCUUUGGACAGAUGAGACCAAACUGGAGCUUUUUGGUAAGGCACAUCAACUCUAUGUUCAUAGACUCAAAAACCAAGCAUACGAAGAAAAGAACACUGUCCCUACGGUGAAACAUGGAGGAGGCUCAGCAAUGUUUUGGGGCUGCUUUGCUGCAUCUGGCACAGGGUGUCUUGAAUGUGUGCAAGGUAAAAUGAAAUCUGACGACUAUCAAGGCAUUCUGGAGAGAAAUGUGCUGCCUAGUGUCAGAAAGCUUGGUCUCAGUCGCAGGUCAUGGGUCUUCCAACAGGACAACGAUCCAAAACACACAGCCAAAAACACCCAAGAAUGGCUGAGAGAAAAGCGUUGGACUAUUCUAAAGUGGCCUUCCAUGAGCCCAGAUCUGAAUCCCAUUGAACAUCUGUGGAAGGAGCUGAAACAUGCCAUUUGGAGAAGACACCCAUCAAACCUGAGACAACUGGAGCAGUUUGCUCAUAAGGAGUGGGCCAAAAUACCUGUUGACAGCUGCAGAAUGCUCAUUGACAAAUACAGAAAUCGUUUAAUUGCAGUGAUUGCCUCAAAAGGUUGUGCAACAAAAUAUUAAGUUAUGGGUACCAUCAUUUUUGUCCAGCCCUAUUUCAUUAGUUUGUUUUUUUAAAAUAAUUAUGUUAAUCAACAAUUCAAAAGUAAUGGCUGAUUUUGAUUAUUUAAUUUUCAAUAAAUUUUUAUUUAUUGUUACUUUUGUAGGUUUCAAGUGAUUUCAGUGAGAAUUGUGGGUUUUUCCUUCUUUAACUGAGGGGUACCAACAAUUUUGUCCACGUGUGUAUGUUCAGUCCUCCUGCUGUAGAAAUGACCUUUGUCAUUUUGAUAAGUUUUGUACGUCUUAGUUGGGAUGCCUUUCGCUUUUGAAGCCAGUCUAAAACUGAGGAGAGCAGGGAGAGGUGCAAAGGCAGGCAGGUGUGAAGGUAGGCUAUAUGUCUGCAUGUAAAUCUGAUACCAACUGUCUCUACAAGUAACAUGAGCAGUACUGGUAAGUCCUUGAGUUAUCAGGCCCCUUUCCUUACCGGUCAGGGAGGCAGACACCACUAAGACUUUUCCAUUUUGGUAAAGCUUCUGGUUUAGAGUUAGGCAUGGCUCUGGCUCUUAGUUCUUACUUAUGCUACUGCAGGCUGUCUUGCUCUCUCUGUCCCGCUUUCUAACAUAGCCGUGGCAGAUGACUGUCCAACAUGAGUCUGGUUCUGCUUGAGGGGUCUGCCUGCCUGUUGUAAAGAAGUUGCUGUGAGUACAGUCUCCUACUCUUUAUGUAAAGUUUCCUUUUAAAGUGUUGCUACGUAAAUUAGAGGUACAUCAAUUAAUGGCAUUUUGAAAUAAUUGGCAUUGGAUAAUACAGUAUCUGGGCUCAUGAGGCCAAUUAUAAAUAUGAACAAAUCGUGUCUGCUGAUACUGCCAGGAGCACUGACCCAUUUUGUUUUACUGCAAAAAGAACAAUGAACAACAAUAUUUUACAUUAAUAAAAGUGUGAGUGAAAUAAAAACAGGGCGCUGUUUCUUUAUGAUCAUAUUUAAUUUUUUUGCUUCAUUAGAAAUCAGACAUACAGAUUCAAGUCUUUUAUGUGCAUUUUUACAUCAUAGUUGCAGUGAACAGGUAUUUAAGAGGAGAUUUAACCACAGGGUAAAUGUUUCGUGAUCAAAAUCCUUAUAUUGUUUUAUUUCUGAGCCUGCUUCUGGAAACUGCAGAUCAUAAAUAUGGUAACAUCCUGAUAACACAUGUUGGUCGGCUGCAGGUUGCAGGUUAUUUGGGGAGAUCCACACUGAUUCUGCAGGUGAAUGCUCAUGUUGUGUAUCAGACAUUUGGUUUUGAUUUGGACUGAGUGCAUUUGAGCUCCUUUAGCAGAUCACGGCUGGUUAAAUAUUGUAUAAUUCUUGAAAGAAACCUCUUACGAUUUCAGGAAGGUUUCACCUCUGAGCUGCACUAGCUUCGUUCUGAGCAGUUUCUGCUUUAAGUAAAUCAGGGGCUAAUAACACUCAGAUGCAAAUGCAUGCAAAUUUGGUUGAGGGAGUUGUUGCAGGGAAAUCAGGGAGGCAGGGAGGGAGAGACUGCCAGGAGGAGUUUUUUCCUUCCUUCUCAGCUGGUUUUCCUUUGAUUUGGCUCAACAACUCUUUCAUAAGUCAUUUUAAGCAAAAGCACUUUGACUUUGUACACCGUAGUCUAGAUGAGGGUUUCUAACAGCGCAACCUGCUUUUAAUUUUGUCAAACUGUGCAAUGUCUGUUUCAGGCUGGUGUAAAGCUAUGCUCCCAUCUACGCUGUAUUAUGAAGCUGGAUGCCAACCGGCUGUGUACCUGCUCUUUUUGCUCUUUGUCACACAGUUUUGCUGAUCUGUGUGUUUUCCCGCCUGCCGACCGUCCACAGCCCCCCCUUCUCUCCCCUCUGACGGGAAAUGUGACAUCACUGUUGAACAAUGUCUGCUGGGCCCACCAGGCCACUGGGCCUUCCUGACAGCUGGUGACACAUCAGGCUAUACCAGCCAGACCAGCCUGCUGUCAGGCUGCUGUUUACAGUACGAUAAAACACCCCAGAUUAUCCAUCCAGCAGAACAAAAACCAUGCUGUACUAUGUCUGCCUCUGAAGUGUGUCAUAGCAUCUGUAGACUGUGUAUCCUUAAAUUACUUCAGUUUUCUUCCCAAUACUUACAUUUAUAAUCAAAUUGAGUCACAUGUCACAUGUUUGUUUGUACGUUGCCACCUUAACUCCAUAAACAGUUAAAGCUGCUGUGAGGAACAUGUGGUCUGUGGCAAGUUUGGCGCCCUCUGUGGCCAAAGACAUACAGUACAUCUUAUCACUUAACUGAUCUCGCCCUGAACAUGGAAAAAUGUCACUUUCUUUUAAUAGUCAAAUGUGUCACUUAUUGGUAAUGUUUGGGUUUCAAAGUGUAAAGAAAGGCUGUUUCUUCAGCGUGAUGUUAACCAUCUGAUCUAGAUUACAUCUGAUUAUAGAAGUUGUCUGUUUUGUUGCUGGUGGUCUGUCUGCUUUUAUAGGUCAUAAAGAGGUAACCCCGGGAAAAUUACAAGUCAUAUAUCAGCUCAUUGUUUAAAGCGGCUCUCCAAAAGCUGUGUAAUCAAAUGACGUGUUGGUAUAUGAAGCCCGUCAUCCAAACAUUAUAUUAACAGACUACUUUCUCAACAUUGUUGCUCCAUCAUGCCUCGAUAAGACAUUGUAAUUAGGAAACAGCUCUAAUGUGUGUGUACUUCUCUUACAGGUUCAGUAAAAAAUGCAACUUUGAAACUUUAUUUAUGUUUAAAACAUUUGUUAGGGCUCAAGUUUUAAAAGUUAAUAACAAACCCCCCAGCCCUCAUUUUUCUGCUUGAUUAGACCACUCCUGCGAGUUCACAUGCUGACAUUAUAUUACAGCAGUGUGAGCCAAGUGAUCUCAGAUGCAAAUGAUCUGUGAGUCAUUAUUGCAACAGACAUGAAAAUAUGAAGUAUGAGAAGCUGAUUAUUGAUCACAGACGCCACUGUUCCCUAAAAGCAGUGUGAGGAACUUUCAUGUUGAGUUUAUUAUGGUGACUCCUGCUCUGAAUAGCUUAUUGUUAUAAUGCUGUCACAGUCUGCAGACAGCAAUUGUUGCUGCAUCAUGCAAGUUGCUCUCCCCAUUCCUCUGUAGGUCAAAAUGUAGAUUUUAAAAAAAUGACAUUUCAGUGUUUUAGUCUUGAAGACAAAGUGGACUAAACCAAGUGAUCACAGAAAAAAACUGUGACCAGGAGGGCCUAAGAACAACUGUGACAUUGUUUAUUGGUCAACAUUUAAAAACUUUAACAAAUUAGAACAGUAUAUGGGGUCAUCACAAUCUAUAUUGUAAAGCUGAUCCAUUUUGUCUCUUUUGUCACAAGAUGCAGGAAUUCAGAAUGAUUAAUUAAAGAAAGCAUUGGUGUGUGUCUGUUUAACAGAUCCUUGUAACACCAUUACAAAGAAGUUUCUCCUCCUGAUAGUUUCUUUUUAGAUUAAAUGUGUGAAUCUGCAGAAAUACAUGCAACUAUUAAAAAUAACUGUUAUUUUUCUACUUGUGGCACUCUAGUUAAAAGUUUAGCAUUCUUGAAUUAUUCAGAACAACAAAAACAAUAACAGGUUAGUACAAAUUGAUCAGUUCAAUAAAGACUGUGGGAAGUGAAUAACUUGUUUUCCGGGAGAGCAACCAAAGGAGUCAUGUCUGUUAUUCCCUCAUAUGAUUCCAGCUCUUGUGCAUUGUGUUUAUUAACCUUCCACAUUGAUAUAUGUUGAACUUAAGUGGUUUUGUAUUAUUGUGGUAGAAAUUUAACUUCUGCAUCCAUAAUGAAUGUUUAGGGUGUAUAAGGAUUUUUAGGUUCCUUGUAAGUGUGUUUUCAUCUCCGUUCAGUGGAGCUGGCUCCUUUGCAGUCCUCAUCCCAGAGGAAUCGUCUGGUAUUUUUGGCAUCUGAGGCCCAAGUUGAUAGCUGCAUGUUUUUGUCCGACUUUGAUAACUGGGCAGUGAAAAGCAAAAGACAGUUUGAUCAAGUCAACCUGCAGACAUAAAUCCUAGCCCGGUGACGCUAAUACACUAAAUAAAUUAAUGGUUCGCUUUCAUCACGGUGCCAGUUCACUUUUCACAUGGAGAAAAACAUUUUCCCCUCGGUUAUCUCAGGCUGGGGAACUCUAAACUUUUGGUGCUUCAAAGGCACCGGGCAGAACAUUAGAGAAACGCAUUAGAGUUUAAUGACAGAUCUUAAUGCUGGGCUUUUGGUUUCUUUCCUUAUAGGGACACUUGGUAAUUUAGGCACUGAAUUCUUAUCAUACCUCGGUAGAUUUGUUGAGUGUUGUAGACCAGUUUUGGUGCGUUGCAGCAGGACUGGCGUAAAUAUUGGAUUCUAUGUGACAAGGAACUGAGGCAGUAAACUCAGUACUUUUCAAAAGAGAAAACAGAAGCAACAGUUAGAAAUGAAAAUGUUGAAAACUAGAUUUCUAUACAUAAAAUAUAUCCCAUCUUGCUUUGAAAUCAGGGAGCAGUUUCUUCUGCUGGUGGCAAUUACUUCUGUUUUCUUAUUUUUCAUCUUUAUUUCUUUUUGAAUCUUGAGGAUUAAAAAGAAGAAGAUGCAUUCAUACUUAUAUUCAAGCAGCAACUUAUGCUAUUAUAAAUUUUGUGCUGGGAGAAUAUGAUAACACUGCAGUUCCUCGAGUGUCCACUUGAGGCUGGUUAAAAAAGAGAGGAAUCUCCAUUAGACCCUGUGUAAAAGUGCCCUUCUUUACACCAAAGUUAAGCAUGUUCACUGCCUGUUUAAAGAACAAGUUUUGGGUAUUUAGUUAUUUGAACAAGCUGUUCAUGAGGUGAACUUUUAAAUAGCUGAUCUAUGAAGAUAACUGAGAAUUUUAAAGAAAUUUGCACAAUUUGAGGCGUUGAAAGAAAGGUGGUUGUAGGUGUUGUGGGGUAAAAUCAUGGUUAUUAAAUUAUGUAAUGUUUCACUUAGGGUCCACGACAUUUGGCACAACAGUAACAUAGCAAAUUGGCAUAUAAGUGAAACAAUUGAUACCACUUGGUAGAUAAUGUUUAAAAAGUCAAUUUUUCUCUUGCACGGGUAGAAAAAAUUCAGUGUUCUUGUAGAAAUGUGAAUAUUGAACACUGAGAAGAAUUGACUGUGUGUUUGACUGUCUUCAGAGAUACAGUGCAGCACUGUGUUGUACAUGGCAUGUGACAAGGAAGAAAAAAGCAUCACAGCAGCUUUGAUAAACUGCAUCAGAAAUGUGUCUUAAAAUCUGAAGUUAAAAUUCCUCCUUAUCCAGCAGCACUUACUUAUCUACCACCCACUGAGCAGGAUGCAAUCUGUCCCUGUCUCGCCAUGUCUUAUCAGCUGCUAAUCUCCUCUUACCUCCUCCCUGAGUGGGCCUACCAGUCCCAGGGAAAAACAAUAAGUUAGCCCGGUUAUCCACUCCUUUUCAGUUUGAUUUCAUCUGAUGAAAUCGUUGUGUCUAAGAAAGAACAAUCAGUAUUUUUUCAGUUAACAUAAGCAGGACAGUAAAAAUAUUCCUCCUGCUUUACUGUCCUCUGUAUCUUUGAGUUAAAUUGAGUAAACUAUCUCUGCACCAUGACGUUAGUUUACGCUGGGUUGUUCUCACACUCACAAAUUUCCUCAGCCCUGUCUUCUCUCAAACACACUUGUGUGCCUCCCCCUUCCAUCUCCCUCUUGCGUUUCUUUCCCAGCCUUCUCCAGCAUCCAGGAAACUGGAGCCGAGCCAAAAGCCCCUUAGUCUCUGUUUCCGGGAAUCUGUCCCACAGAGCCACAGUGUAGUAAGUUGGCUCUGACGUGGGAGCCAUUGUUAAAAUCCCAGGGCUCCCAUUGUCCAAGGGAGGAACAGCAGCACAAACAAAACUCCCUCUUGUGGAACAAGGAGGAGGAGAUGCAGGGGGGAACACUAAGAGAGGAAUCUCUGCUAUUAAUAGUAUAAAAAUGACCACCAUCAGGUCCACCUCCCACCAAGAAUAUGUGUUUUAAUCAGCUAAACUAAUACCCCUAAAAGAGGGAGUGUUUGCAGCCUGUUGAAGUUAUUUUGAUUUAAUUAAAAGUUUGACAUCAAUAACUUUUCCUUUUCUUACUGCUGACAUUUUAAGAAAAAUACAUUAAAAAAUGUUGAUUUCAUAUUGGUCAUGCUGUAUAAAUUGGAUUUAAGCGAGAACAUCUGUGGAAAUAUAUGAAGUAUGUUCACAGAAAGAAACAAAUGAAAAAAAAUAUACAUAUAGCACGGUGAAUAUCAAAAAACACUAAAAAUACAUGUUGUACUUGUUAUAUUUAAUAUCAGUGUAUCUGCAUCAGUGUGAAGAACUUCAGGGGCAUCAUCAAACUUUGAUACAUGAAAUUUGUUAUUGACCGCCAAGACACAAUUUUUUUUACAGUGUGAGGAGAUGCAAUGUGAUGCGUUAUUGUACAAUAUGAUACAAUACAAUAUAAUACAUUACGAUGUGAUUUGAUAUAUGAUAUUAGUGAUUCAAUACGGUAUAAAAUUAUAAGAUAUAAGAUAUUGUCCCCUGAUUUCAUGUGUAGCAUAUGCACUAAAGCACUAUGCACUAAACUACAACCACAAUAUUUCAGUCCGUGUAUUAAACUUGCAUUCAAGUAAAAUUAUAUUGAAUCGAACUAAAUUAGACUAUAUUACAGCGUACCAUGCUGUAUCAUGUUAUCAUGUUAUUGAGUCAUGCAUUGUAAUGUAUCCCACUGAAUAAUUUUGUAUCAUACCUUUAUAUCAUUUAAUCAUUUGUUAUUAGUUUGUAUGGUGUUGUACCGGUUUGUAUCAUAUCUUGCACUAAUGCACUAAACUACAACCACAAUAUUUCAGUGCUGAUAUUAGACUUGGAUUCAAGUAAAAUUAUAUUGAAUCUUUUGGGGUUUUUUUUAUCAUAUUUUAUAUCAAAUUAUACCUUUUGGUGUUUUAUAUUGCAUGUUUCCUUUUUAUUGUUUGUAAUAACUUAUUUUACUAUAUUGCAUUGUUUUAGAUAGUAGCCUAGUGUAUUGUAUUGUAUCGUAUCAUAUCGCAUCUCUCAUAUCUUGUCUAGUUUUUAUUUCAGUAACUUCUCAACAUCACAGAAUCUUAAUGGCUAUGGAUGUUUUUUAUGAGAAUGGAAAUCUCAUGAUCGUGUGUCUUAAGGCUUUACAUAUUUUCAGAGGGGAUUUUUACUCCUGACUUUUUUAAGACUUUGCUUCAUUCUAUAUUUCUCUAGGACCCCAAGCAUCCUCAACAAGGACCUCACAGACAAGAAACCCAAGAAUGAGAAAUCCUCUGUAUCCCUCAAACAUGAAUUUGACCCCACAGGUAAGAGACCGAGUCAUAUUUACUCAAAAGGGUUUGAUGCUUGUCUUUCCUAAGCGGUGCCUCAGAUGUGCCACAUAUUCUUUUAAGGCGCUUUUAAAUAAAAUGUAUUAUUAUUAUUAUUAUUCUUUCAAUGUUGAUAAUGUAUUUUUCACAACUUGCAAAUUGGCAUGUUACAAAAAUAUGAACAGGUUGAAUUGUGUUUCUGUGUUUUUGUAAUACAUGGAUCAAAAAAAUUCAGCUAACUAACUGUGUGCCUGUUGUAAUUAAAUGUUCAUCUUAAAGUUCAAUACCUUGUCUUGUGAUAAAAAUAAGAUAUUUUGAAUUUGAAGUUUCAGUUUUGUCCCAGUCUUAAAAAAGUAAAGAGGGGCUGGUGCUCAGUGGUGGAGGACAGAGCUGUGUGGGUUUACUCAGCACUCAGGAACAAGAUGUUGGUGUGGUUGUCUGGGUUGCAGGGUUGACAUUAAUCCUUCCUGCCCUUUUCUUGACCCUUUGAGGCUCCUUUAUGCAGGCCAGAAGACAACCAAUUAUCCACUCAGGAGAAGGAACAGGAAGACCAGACUGAGGCAGAUAGUGAGUCUAUAAACUUCCUCUGUGACUAAGGGAGCAAAAUAGUGGAGCUGUCUUGAUCAAGCAGAUGGCCAGCGUAGUUUUCAGGCAGAAAAGAAAAAGAGAACAAUUAGCUCUACCCUUAUACGUGAAUUCCUGAAUUUGCUCUGGAAAAAAGGGACAGACACACAGAAUACGUAGAAAUACAGUACUUUGUACACAUACUUUAAGUGGAUUGCAGGACAGGAUAUUGCUCUACUUUUCUCCAUCAGAGAUUUUGGACCAGCUGCUCUUCAGGUUACAUUCACAUUGGGGCCUGGUUAUUGUCAAAAUUGGAUUGAAUAUUAUAAAUCUUUUUGCUCAAUCAAGGGUUUGGUGUAGUCAAAGCUCCUGUGAGGGGAUUUUAGCUGGUUGUGAAACUUUAAUUUUUUUUGCAAAAGAAUUUUGGAAAUUAGGAAGUUAACUGUUAAAAGAAAGCCAGAUCAUAUUUACUUUCUCAGAUACAGAAAGAUUUUAUUGUUGUAAAGUUUUAAUUUGGAGGAAAGGGUUUAAAAAUUUCUCUCUGAUGAACCCUGUAUUUGUCUCAAAGACUGCAAGCUUCUAUUUAAAACCCUUUUCCAUUUCAGUCUCCUGAUCUGGAACUUCCUCUGUGCAAAAUUUUUCCCACAAGUGACUUUAAUAGACAUGUUGAACAAGAAUAUAUUUUAGGAAAAAAGCCAACUCUAAACAUCCUUUGUUAGUAACCUUUUGUUAUACUUGAACUGACUGUAUCAGCUAGGGCAUGAUAGUUAAAUAAAACCCUGAACAUGUAGGUCGGGUGUUGAUUUAAAACUCUCCAGGCAAGAACUUCGACAUCUGACCAUGAAGCUCAAUCACCUUUAUUUUUCUACACUUUGUUUUACUUAUACGCUUCCACCCACUGAAGCGUACAUGCUUAACAAUGUAAUUCGAUGUGUUUAUCUGUUAACAUAUGACAGGUCUCGUCCAGCGGUGCGUGAUAAUCCAGAGAGAUGAAAAUGGCUUUGGACUGACUGUGAGUGGAGACAACCCUGUGUUUGUGCAGCUGGUAAAAGAAGGUAAGGUUCACACACACAUACGGAAACACACUUGAGUUUGUGUUUCCUGUACUUGAAAGGACCAUCUUGACCUAAUGCAUGUCCCAGCCCUGACUUAAACAAUAACGCUCACCUGACCCGAGCCUCGGUCUAAGACUAAGAAUUGUAUCAAAGAGACAUGUAAAAAGUGGGCACAAGCCAAACGUCCCCUUAAGGCACAGAUGUCCUUGUUGCAGAAAUGCAAACUUAUGAUGGUCCUCACAAAGACAGUCAGAUAAGUAUUCAUACACACUCAAUAAAAUCUUAACAUGAACUCCUAAAUAAGACACAAGUCUAAGUUAAACUCAAAGGUUUAAUUACAUACAUACAAAACAUACUUGCACACUCCUUGACAUGGACUACCUUAACCUUUGACCCAAAUCUGAAUUUAAUCACUAAGAGACAUCUGAGAAAGAGUUCUGGUGAAAAUAUUUCUGCAGCAGUUUAUACUUGUAUGGUCUUCCUAAAGAAAGUCUGGCAAGUGUACAUACACAGGAGCACCAUUACCUGAACUCCUGACCUAGACCUAAACCUAAAGUUUAUCAUAAAGGGUCUUUUAGAAAGUGGGGAGUGGUCAAAAUGUCCUUGUACUCAUUUUUUUUGAAAUAACGGGAAUAGUCCUUGCAAAUAGCCAAACCAGUUCACACACACACACACACACACACACACACACACACACACACACACACACACCGUAACAUAAACUCUUGACGUACACCUAAGUCUGAGGUCAACUUAAACUCCUUUUUGAAAAAUUAAUUAAUUAACAGAGUCAUCUAUUUAUCUAUCUAAAAGCAUCUAUGUCUGUUUAAGCCAUAGAUGUCUUCUCUAUAAAUCUAUAAAUUUGGAAUGGUCCCUGCAAAGGUGGCUAAAAAAGCCCACAUAUGUACACUCUCUCCUUCACCUUGUCUGAAAUAACCUUCAAAAGCCCUUUAAUGGUGAGUACUGGUUGUAAUGCCCUCAUAAGGCGAAGAUGUUUCUCUACAAAAAUGAAUGGUAGAGUUGGUCCCCACAACGAUAACCGGAUAAUUGUACAUAAACACACACUUACACAAACCGCAACACAAGUCUGAAGUUAAACUUAAAAGGCUUUUAACAUAAUGAGUGUUAGUCAGAAUGUCCUCAUAAAGCACGGACGUCCUCUUUCACUGUAAAUGGUAAAAAGUCCUUGCAAAAGAAGCAAGACAAGUAUGCACACACACACUUUCAUUCUGUGUUGCAGUAUGUCAUCUUAAAAACAACAAAGUAUGUCUCAAAACAAGCGAAUAAUGUCUCUCAACCCUAAAGUUGUCAGAAAUAGAUUGUCAUUAACAAUCUUGCACAUGUUUUGCAUUUCUGUGUUUCAUGAGAGCCUCAAGCUUCAGACACAGGUCCACUCCUCAAGGGAAAAAACUGUUUCUAAGUCUGUUUAGGCAUGCUCUGAUAGUUCUCAGUCUGCUCAAGGGGGAGAGCAGGGAAAAAUACUGUCUGUGCAUCCCUUUAGCUGAUAAAAGUGAGUAUUGGUAAAAGCGUCCUUGUAAGGGAACAGAUGUCCUCUCUGUAAAACUGUAAAUUGGAAAAAAGAACACAUUCACACCCUAACCCAGACCUAGUAUACUUAACCUUUAAAGGCCCUUUAACGAGCAAGUGCUGGUCAAAAUGUCCUCAUAAAACACAGAUGUCCUCUCUAACUGUUUAUUGUUAACAGUCCCUCCAAAGAGGACAAGACAAGUAUUUAUAUACACACUACAAUAAGAUCUCAACACACUUAUAAAAGGCAACAUCUCUGACCCUGCUCUCUGUUUUGUGUUACAGAUGGCGCGGCAAUGCGAGCUGGUGUUCAGACAGGGGAUCGGAUCAUAAAAGUGAGUCUUAAUUGUUUGAUUUCUACCUCACAGGAUCAGAAAUGUAAAGUUUCAGUGUCUCAAAUUGAAAGUCAAGAGAUGAAACUGGACAUCCUAGCUUGAGCUAACGUUAAAGAUGCAUCUGUUACUUUUUUCUCAAGUUAUCAUUCAGAUAUAGUCUGUCUGCUCAUGCUUUCCAAUUCAAUUUCUGCAUUUAUUUUAUUGCAUUCUUCAAGAAAAUCAAAUCAGCUUUUGAUAACGUACAAGGGCUUGUAGGAAGCAGCAGCAGCGAAAAUAGCUCGCUGCAGUAAAUGAACAGAAAAUUACAUUCUCUCAUAUCCCCUCAAUAAGUCAUUUGCCUUGUAUUAGAUUGGUCAAACGCUAAAAUGUAAUCUCAUGAAGCUUUUUUUUUUUUUUCUAACAGGUUAACGGGACCUUGGUCACACAUUCAAACCACAUAGAGGUUGUUAAGCUAAUAAAAUGUAAGUAUUUCUUACUAAAUCACAGGGUUCAUAAACUUUGUAUGGGUUGAUGAUUGUAGAAAAACAUGGAUGUAGCAUCGUAAUUUCUGGAGGCGUAUGUUUUAAUUUCUUAUGGGUUUGUUAUGAUGGGUUGAGACACCUAUUAGUCAAACAAAGAUACCCUUAAAGAAACAAGUCUUGAGUUUAAGCUGUUGAUUUUUUGCUUCUUGUUGCAAAUAAGUAUGAGGAUUUAUUUUUAAGAGGAGUUCAGGGAGUUUCCCAGCUCAUUAUGUUUGCAGAUGGCAUGGAGAAAACCUAUAAUUCAUGAGAAACAAUCCCAGCUUUGGCAUUAUUUUCCUUGUCUCAUUCCUUUUAUGUGGUAAAAUAUUUUCCUGGUGGAGCUUUUUCUCUCAGCUGGGUUUGAUGAUCACAACUUCACGGUGGUUCGGAUGUUUUUAAGUACUCAGCAUUUUUCUCAUCUGUCUUUUUACCCUCCCUUCAUUCCUUUCCCAUGACUCCUCUAUCCUCCUCUCUCCUGCAGCGGGUUCAUAUGUGGCUCUGACAGUGCUGGGGAGGCCUCCAGGGCUUCCUCAGAUCCCUUUGGAGGAGGAGGAGGAGGAGGAAGAGGAGAAGGAGGAAGGGGCCAGCACACCCUCCACCCUCUCAGCGCCACAAUCACCUGUACUACCAGGGGGGGAGAAAUGCAGCCCUACAACCAGCCUGCAGGAGCCAAUCAGCUCCUGCCUACCUGACUGGGUGAGGAAGAUGUAGAGCGACAUUUCCUUUUGUUCUUAUAUCUUAUUUGGAGCAUAAUUUAGAGCCUCAAAGAGCGAGUAAAAAGACCUCACAGAGUUGAAAAUAAAACAUGAAAAGCAUCAAAAAAUGACACUAUGCAAAAAUAAGACACCUAAGUACAAAAUAUAUUAAGGUGCAUAGUGUAAAAUCAACAGACAGUAUUGAAAGUAGUAUUUUUAAGCAGUAAAUAAUGUAUAAAUAAUACAAAACAGAACGAAAUUCUGAAAACUUGCACUUCACUUUUGACUAUAAUGUAAAACUUUCCAAACACAGAAAAGCACCUGUCAAAAGAGCGUUAAAACCAUGUACACAUAUGUGAGACCAGGAAUGAAAAUACCCUAGAUUGUAUCACUAGAGUAUAUCCACUUGAAAAUAAGUUUCACUCUGAUUUUUCCGAAUAUACAAGAUAAAUAUGAGGCAAAUGUGGGUUAAGAGUAGGGACAAUUUAGAGUAAAAUCAAUAAACAAAAAGAGUUGAACAAAAACAUGAAUUUAUUGUUGAUUCUUUUUUGUGCAUUUUUGGUUUAAUGCAUGACAUGUUUUGUGAUGUAGAUGUAUUUGUGAGGAGUAGAAAUACUUUAUGAGCGGGGGAGGGUUGUGAGAAAACUAAUACUGAGAUUAUUGAUGUAAAAUAAGUAGAAAGGUAAAACUAGUAGUUGCUGUGAUUGGACUGAAUUAGCAGAAUUUAAAUGAAUGCCUAUGCACAUAUACACACACUUUAACUAUUGCACUUAUGCAUAUGCAUGUGAUCCUGUGCUUCAACAGAUGAAAUGGUCACAUAAAGUAAUUUGACAUUAUUGUUCUUACAUUUUUUAAGUUAUUUUUGGAGUAUUUUUACCUUUUUAAACAGCUGUAGAGAGACAGUAAAAUGUUGGUAGAUGAGAGCCGGUGCACCAAGCAUCAACGUGUUACGUAUUUUAAUCUGAAAAAAUAUACUGUAUCUAUUACAAAAACAACUGUGGUGAUAAAUUUGAACAUUUGUAAAGUGAUAACAAUGAAAAUAUCCUUAACAUUUGUCCAAAACUAAAAUAUAGAGAUCAAAAUACCACAGGAAACAAACUCCUGCAUCUGUAUUUUCUAAAAAAAAAAAAAAAAAACAGUUUUAAUAGAAAAAUUAUUUGAGUUAUAACUCACAAUCUUGUCAUUAUUUGCAGGAAAUGUUACAUGUAGACAUACUUAAAUAAAACAAUUCAAUAGAUCUUAUAUUCACUUUUUAUGUGCAUGUGAAGUGAAAUGCUGUAUAUGAGGAACAUGUAGGUGUCGCAUGAACACCUCCUGAACUUCUUUAACUAAAAACUUUGUGUAAUAUUUGUUCUCCUUCUUCGCUAAAUCUCAGUGGUGAAGCGAAACUUCUCUUCUCAGAAACAGCGUUAUUUUUAACUGUAAGAUUCAUGAUAUCAGCAGCAGCAGCUUAUCUGUCCGGGUAAACCCACGCAGCUCAUUAUUUUUAAUCAGCCCAGACGUUUCAGCCCAUUACAGCCAGCCUUGACCAAAACUGCUGCACUGUGUCAACAAUUUAUCCUCUCUGAAACACUGAGGAGUUUACAUAAAACCUGGAACAAACCUGGGAUACUUUCUCAAAUAUCUGAAGGCCAACUUUCUCAUGAUUGACAGUGUAAAAUGUCAAGUAUCCUCUUUUUUAAUGUAUGCAUGUCCAAGUUCUCUUUUUAUGUCAUUUCUAGCUGUAUCACUUCUUUUUUUCCCUCCAUGUUGACCUGAAGGUCCUCUUGGUCACACUGGGGGUUUAUGCAGAACAAACUCUGUAAUAACGCUUUUUUCUGCGUAUCUGUUCCUCUUUAUCUCCUCAUUCAGACUGAGAACAAAACUUCACACAGCCAGAAGGUCGAAACCCUACAGAGGAUGAUAAUAAAGGAGCAGCAGGACCUACAGGUCUGUGUCAAAUACAUUCAAACUAUGUGUGUCUGUAAAUAUCUCUGCCCUCUUUGGACACUUCUAAACUAUCACUGACUCUGUACAAGAUAUUAAAUGUCUGUUGCUUCCCUUGUUUCCCUUGAUUUUAACUUGAAUUAACUUUUGCAAAAGGCAAAGGAGGAUGAGCACAGCAGAAACCCCCGGCCCGCACUACUGAAGGAGAUGCUCGAGGUCAAGAGGCACAUUUCACUGCUGCAGGAGCAACUCACCAAAGCAGCGUCACAGGUGUGGUGAAAAGCAAUAACUAAAAUUAUUCCUUUAUUCAAUCUGUUUUCAAUAAUUACAUAUCAUUUUUAAAAGCAUGCUUUAACCACCAAAAUAUGUAAAUCAUUUUGUUUUUGUCAACUCAUAUAUGAGCUUCUUAUAUCUACAUGAGAGUGGGCCCCCUUCCACAGUGGAUGCCAUCCAUAGACUGUAUAAACUAUGGACAACUUGGUUCCGCCUACCGCCUGUAUACGGAUUUGAAGCCAAAAAGCUCUCGAUAUUUCCAGGAUUUUUCUUCAUUUCCUGAACACAGCGCAGUAGCGAUGCGCGCAUUCAGUCGUGCAGUCAGUGAGAGUCACUGUGAUGACGCUCAGCUCAAACAGCGUAUCCCCCCGGCUGAGCUACGCAAUCCCUGAACGCCCAUAGGCUGUACCAGGUGUCAAUCAUAGAAAACAUGAACCCCCUAAUAACUUUUAAAAACGGAGCUGUACAGAAAAAAGAGGACUUGAGCACAAACCAGUCUGACAGUAACUACAUGUCAACAUCACAAGCAGGGGGGAGAAACAUUUAUACUCUGUGUAAUAAAUUUCUAAAGUUUGUCCAAGUCACAAGUCAGCUAAACUAAUAACAAAAGUGUUUUUUUUUAUUGAGCGAGGUUGGAAAAUGAAGAAGAAGAGAAUGAUUGAUGAAUUUAAGGGAUAUAUCAGUUUGAUUUGGAGUUUUACAGGUUAUUGUAUUAACGGUAAAACAUCAUAAAAGAAAGAAUUUGCCAUUUGUUGUAUUUUUUGUCAUUCCUAACGUCACAACUAGACCAAAAGUAACACAAAAGUUGUCAUGCCUGUUCUGUUUAGCCAACCUGCCCCACUAUCAUGGGUGUUUCUUCUCCUCUGCCAUGUUGUCUGUCCUUUAACUUCACUACUCUGUCUGCCUUAGUUAGCGUGAGUGCUGGGUUACAUAACUCUUGCUGUUGGUGACAUAUUAGACAUCAUUCUUUCUCUGAAGUUCAAACUCAGCUUUAUCUCUUCUGGUGCCUGUAGACCUCACAUUAACUCAGGUCACUGCUUCCUCUUUGGUGUUAAUCGUAAGUGAUCGAAGCUUAAAAAAACCUCAAACGUGUGUGUUUUAGGACGGAGCCACAGGGUCUGAGGAGGGGGACGGCGGGCCUCCUGUGAAGGAACAGACCUCGUCUUUGCAAGGGGACUGCAGUAACGACGGGCUGCCGACCAACAAUAACACUGUGAGCAUAAUGACACGUCCCAGCAGUCAGCGCGGUGAACCACAUUACCCAGAAGCACUCUACUUUGUCAAGGAUGUUGUUGUGGUUUGGUGGCAGCUAGUCUGAGACAUUUAUCAGGCUAAAACUGCCAGACACAAAGUGGUUAAAGUCCCUCAAACUGUUUUUUCUGCUCAAUGUCACUGUGGAUGUAACACUUCGGCUUUUGGACUGCUAGUCAAAGAGAAAAAAGAAAUUUAAGAAGCUUGCAACAGAGAGAUUAAACCUUUUUUUUUUCCAACAAUCUGCUUUUAACUUAAUACAACUUUUUUAAGAUCCCAUUUUACAAAGACACUCUUAAAGCUUCAUUUUCAGCAUUAUGUUACUUGAGUUUGGUGUCAUUCACACUGUUGGCAUAUUGGUUCCCUGUGAAGCCUGCCGCUGACCGGGAAAUGCUGCUAUUAUGCAUCAGAAAAGUAGUCAAGUGCGCUAAACACAACAGGAAGCUUGUCUGAAAAUGCUGCUGGCACAGACUCCUUUGUAAUAACAGUCUGUUUUAUCACAGCUUCUAUAAAUAGGGAUGAAAUGGUCCUUCUUUUCAAUCUUCUGGGAUUUUCCAGAAUUCAGCACCAGACUAAACAAUCAAUUUAGCCUAAGUGUGGUGUUGUUCAAUGUGUUUAGUAAUUUGUGUUUUUUUCUGUGUGUAUUAGUUACACAGCAGCCCCCUCCCAGAGAGUCCUGGUAAAAGAGAGACGCCCUGCCAGAGUCCUGCCAGCAGCCGCAAAGACGGGCUCAACAUUUGCCCGUCACCUGACACAGAGGAGACCCCUGACACAGUAAGACACUCUUAUACAGAAGUUUUUUGUUUCCUUUCAGUUAUUUUAACAUCAUUUUAAAAGUUUAACUUACUGUACACAUGCCCCUGAUCACUACAUAUAAUUAAAGAUAUGUAGUAAAAGCCAACAUAUGCCAUAGGUAUGUAAUAGACAUGUAAUAGAAACACUGGGGCUUAAUUGUUCUUAAUUAAUUGUCUCAUUUUGAAAGUUUAAGCUACUUUUGUUUUUUAUAAAACAAUACAAGAAGACGAAAAUACAAUACAAAUACAAUAACAACUUUACUAAAGGUACAGUGCAGUCUAGUGUGAUACAAUACAAUACAUUAUAUAAUGAGCUACAGUAUGAUAAGUUGUGUAACGUUAUAAUUUUAAGUUACAAUGAAUUUCUCUUUCAAUAAAGUUCUUCUAUUUCUUUUUUUCUGUUUGAUACAAUAUUUUUGUCUAGAUAGUGUUAAAUAUGAUAUUAAAUGAUAUGAUUCAUUACAAUAGGAUUAAAUGAUAAGAUACAAGCAGUACUAUGAGAGAAGAUUAGAUACGAUAAGUUAUGCUUUACUAUGUUAUAUUGAUUUAUGAUCAGAACGGUAUACGUAACAGUAUGGUAUGAUACGAUACGAUUUGAUUUUAUCCAACUCAAGUUUUUUAAGGUGUUUUGAUUUUGUCCAUUAAUACAUAUAAUUUUACCAUCUAUCACUCAGGACUCAAAUGCCCAGUGCACUGUGGGUAACCCUCCCUACCUCCUCAACCCUCAGAUCAUCGGAGCAGAAGAUGACUAUUUUGACUGUCCACAAGAGCAGGUAUUUGUAGAGAUGGGAAAGAAGUUGAGCUUCAAACUGAAGAGAAUCUGAACUUUUUUUCUUCUUAAAUGUCUCAUGAAAAUUUCCUCAUUUUGAUUUCUAGUUCUUGAAAUAGAGUGAAAACACAGACAAAAUAAGAGCUGCUGGGUUUUCCAAGUCUGCUUAAUUAACUUUUCUCUUUCUUUUGUCCGUCAGAUUAAUGGACAGUGUAGCUCUUUUCAGAGUUUAGACCUGCUGAAGUCCCGGCCGGCUCACUUGGCAGUCUUCCUCCAUCAUGUUGUCUCACAGUUUGACCCAGUGCCUUUGGUAAAUAUCCAACAAACACAGUUUGGACAUGCUGUAAUUGCACUCAUCCUCUUAAUUUUGGACACAGAUCAUUUAUUAUAUCAUUACUACUCGUGUUUACGUGGAUUAAUUGUACCAGUAUUUCAUAUUUUCUUAUCGUCAGUGAAAUCAAUGAUAAAACCAUGUUGUGUUUGACUGUCUUUAAAUAGUUGUAUCUUUGGCAGCAACCCCCCAAUCCAUUCUUUGCUACAAAAGGCAUAAAUCUUCAAUUUAGGUCUUACAUAGUUAUGUUAUAGCAACGUGCUCACAUGAGCUGCACAUGAUAGUCGUAACAAACAUAAUUCAACAAGUGAAAAAAAUGCAUUUGUUUGGAACUAUUUUCAGUUCUGGGUCCACAGAGUUUUUUGUUGUAAACAAAGAAUCACACAAAUUCAAAUUCAAAGUUAAGGAAAGAAAGGAGGUAUUGAGAAUAAAUGUAUUUAAAUGAAAUGAAAGAGGACUGAGGAUUAACCCCUGAGGAACGUGUUUUUUUUUUUGUUUGAGACAAUGCCUUCGUUCUCUUUCGGCUGUAUUGUGUAUUGUUUGGGUUGAGAAACUACAUAUUUAGAGUAACAUAAAACUCUUGUAUUCUCCUUCUUUCAGCUCUGUUAUCUUUACGCUGAAAUGCACAAACAAACCAGUUCGAAGGAGAGCCGACGUUUCUUCAUGGAGUUCCACUCGCUUUUCAUGGAUCGAACAGCUGUAUGUUUUUCAGUAUUAUUGACCACAUUUAUGUCAUUUUGCACACAUCUUUAGGUGAAAGCCUUAUUUUUCUAUGUUUUAUUUUAUAGAAUCUUAAAGUGCCUGUGCCAGAGACGGUUGCAGCAGAACUGGGUAAGGGUCUAAAAAAAUCAUGCAUGUAUGGCAGACUUUUUUAAUAGAUUACCUUCAAACACAGGGGAAAGUCUUUUAUAAUAACUGUUUCAUGGAGCUGGUAUCUCUGUGAUAUGUAGCAUGGGUGCAUGAUCUGCCUUACUCAGAAAGUUAUUUUUAACUUGUGAGAGUUAAGAGUUGGGAUUAGACAAUCUGAGUUGUUUGUGUGUCUCUGCACAGAGAAGAGGAGGCUGGAGUUAAUACCUGAAGACGUCUGCAAACAGUACACUCAGGUGUUACAGGAUGCACUCUUACCUGACCUGCACAAGAAUCUGGAAGACUUCAGGUAACACAAUUAUAGCGAUUCAGACAACAACAACAACUAAGGUUUAGACAUAACUGUGAUUUAAUGAUUUUGUUUUUGCGUGUGCAGACAGAAACGCAGCAUGGGUCUGACUCUGGCUGAAGACGAGCUAUCGAAGCUGGACUCAGAGCGAGGAGAAAACCAGCAGGCCUUAGAGAAGGAGUGCUCCUGUGCUGAACACAUCCUCUCCAAGAUAGAGGAUAUCCUGUGAGUCCCUGUCUGCAUAUAAACACAUUUGUACAUGUACGUUGUGUGUUUGCUAAGCAGAAGUUUUCCUCUUGCAGGUUGACGUCACAGCCUUCAGAGGAAGAGAAGUGGUAAGGCAUGAAAGUGAAUGUGAUACCUUUAAAAAAAUCAGAUCUUUGAAUGAAUGUGGAUUCUGAAGAUUUUAAGUUACAAAUGAAAAAUAAAGAUAGUAAAAUUUGACAGUGGUGUGAAUAUACGUCAAAAAAGUGAAACUACAUCCCUCUUCUACUAUUAAAACUCUUAGCUGUAGAAAAGUAAAGGAUGAUAGACUGAAUCGUGUCGUAUUGAAAACAGUCUUAAUACGUGUUCUGUUGCAGCCAAACAAUGCAGUACGUGAUUCUCACUUAUAUGAAGCACCUCGGGGUGAAAGUGAAGGAGCCUCGUGGCCUCGAACAUAAAAGAGCACGCAUCAACUUCCUGCCCAAGAUUAAGGUUGGAUUCCUGGUUUAGAAACAUGCAAAAAUUUGUUCAAAUUUAAUCUAUGAGGAGAUUUUCUGGUGUUUCCACCCGUCUAGAUAUCUACAUCUUUCUUCCUUGUUCGUCCCACAUAUCUAAUUUUCUUUAACUAUCUGUCUUUAUUUUCUGAGAUUAGCUUUUAACUUAUGUUUUAAAAGCAAUUUUUAGAUAAUUUAGAGGUAUUGUAACCUCCUUGAAAUACUUGCAUGAUAGUGAAUAUUUCAGAGGAACUUGUCGUAUUUUCAAUGUGCAGAAAAGUAUUAAGCCUGAGAAGGAGGGCGAGGAGAAGGUGAAAAAACCUCGAUUUCCUAACAUCCUCGGUCCACCACGGCGUCUGAGCCGAGUGGAUUCAACCUCAGGUAGGAAGAAAAGUCAAAUCAGCUGGUUUUUACCCUAAAUUCUGAGGUUUGGGUUAUGAGAAACAUUGUCUACCUCCACAAACACUUGUAGAAAUCAGACUGCACAUGUGUGUGUUUGUAGUUGGUAAAGCUGUGGAGAUGAACAAGCAGCGCUCACCAAAGCAGCCCCCUCAGCCAACCUUAGGUAUUCCCGAGCAGCCCGACUCCUCAGCCUCAAAUUCUGGACGGACCCGUGGGAAUCAGCUCAGCGAGAGUUCGGACACCAGCAUCUUAUCUGUGCCUUCGACCACCUCCCCCACCCACAGCUCUCCCACCGCUCUGACCUCGGACACCAGUGGACAAGACUCAGACUCCAGUAAGACAGACUUCUUUUAUACCCACAUCUAAAAUCUUCUUCUUCCACCCAGAACAGAAAUCACACCUGGAGCAUCUUAACUUUUCAAUAAUUUCAGGAACAACAAAUAUAAGAGUAUCUGAAUUAACUAUAACCUGACUUCCCCUUCCUGUUUACUCUACAGAUAUGUCCCCAUUCUGCACCCAGGGUCUGCAGACUGGAGACCACCAGGACAGCAUCUCCAGUCCAACCAGCACUCAGUUUGACUUCAGUCCCUCUAAUCUGGAGCAGCUACAGGAGGAAGACCAGGAGGCUUACAGGUACUUACAGGGUUAAGAUCUUUUCUUAAUAAACUCUCUCUUUAUGCAAACUGUCGCCCUUUUAGUCUCCCUGUUAUGGACAGUGUCUGAUUUGAUUAUGCUCAGUCUCUUUCAGUGACUUCCUCUAUGGUUCUUUGAGACAUUUCCCUCAUCUUAGGAAGACAUUAUAACUCUUUUUAAGGAAUAGCUGGGUCAUUUUGAAGCUAGGUCACAUGUGUGAGGUACUUGUAAACAGUUUGUAUAUUAGCUGCGGGUGAUGCCAGUCAACAUGGGACCAGAAGAACCAGAACAGAAGUUAGGUGUCACCAGUGGUGUCCUUUUCAGUGUAAGCGCACACUGUUUUUAUGAUGUGUAUAUUGUAAAUUUAGAUUUUUUUGCAUCACAGUUUUGCAUAAUUUGAAGCAGCAAAUGCCAAAGAUCAGCUGCUGCAUGUAAACAUACUGACUGUUAGCUCUAAUGAGGUGGUUGGUUAGAAAUGUAACUGGUUUUCCCUUCGUGAAGUGGUCAAUAUUAUUAAUAUUUUUAGUCUCUAAACUUUAAAAAGUGUGUACAUACUCUUCCUCCCACUUUGUUUAUGGUUCUACCCAAAAAUUAAGGACUGCAGAGGGAACUUAGUUGUUAGCCUUUCUCAGGCUAUGUGAUGUAAUCUGCUGUCCGAAUCCCCAAAAUAAAGAAUAAUAACAAAAGUGUGUUUGAAUAGCUUCAGACAGACACAUUCAUCAUUUAGCUCAUUAUCAAAGAUUGACACAGGACCAAUAAUUUCUUAAACUGAAAGAGAUGACAUGAUUGUCUUUGCUAAAACAAGUCAUGAUGAAGAAAAUCCAACAUUUAAAACUCUCGUGAGCUGCUUAGUGUAAACAUUUCUUGUAUGAAAAGUACUUUAUAAAUAAAGUUUGAUUGAUUUAUAUGCAGUUUGGUUCAUCUGUCUCCAUCUCUCUCUGCAGGAUGGAGGUGCAGUGUGCAGCUGACAUUCAAAGUGAAGAUGACCUCGGAGGAGAGAUGGAGGGAGGUGAGGAGGAUCCCCUGAACUGGCAGAGUCUGGUCAGCAGAGGAGUCCUGGAGAGUUUAAAACCUCAAGAGAUCAAACGGCAGGAAGUCAUCAACGGUGAGUCCUCCACCAUCAAACUCCAUAGGGUGACUUUGGAUGAUUAGACAGACUUGACAGUGUCGUAUCUGACCUUCUCACGUGUCUGUCCUCAGAGCUUUUCUACACAGAGCGCGCUCACCUGCGGAUGCUGAAGGUGCUGGACUCAGUUUUCUAUCAGAGGCUGAACAGAGACAGUAUCCUUCCUCCAGAGGACCUUAAACACAUCUUCAUCAACCUGGAGGAAAUCAUCCAGCUGCAUGGUAACUCCACUUCUGCAUGUGAUCCAAGAUCUGCAAAGAGCUUAACAGAAAUAACAAAAGUACUCAAAAAAGCUGUUUGUCUUUCCUCGCCAGUUUCUGUAACGGAGCAGAUGACAUCAAUCAGGAAGAGGAGCGAGACGUCAGUGAUCGGGCAGAUCGCAGAUGAUCUCCUGGCGUGGGUAAGAACAUAGUUUAUUCACAGUAGAUGCACCUCCGAUACAUAAAACUCAUAUUUCUAUAAAGAUUGAUCAGAUGAGGUCUAAGAGAGAAGAUAGACUGUAAUUAAAACAGUAAAAACGAAGCUUUAAAUAUGUGUUUUUCCUCUAAUUUCAGUUCAGCGGUGAGGAAGAGGAGAAGAUAAAGAAAGCUGUGGGAGCUUUCUGCAGCAACCAGCCGUCUGCUCUGGAGCUCAUCAAGAGCAGGAAGAAGAAAGAUCCAAAGUUCGCUCUUUUCAUGCAGGUUAACAAAGUUUUUUUUUGAGUGAAUUAAGUAUGCACAGUGAGAGAGGAUGAAUUCGAAUAAGGAUACGUUCUGUGUUUGGCUCAUUUUGUCUUCUCUUUUUCUCUCCUCAGGAAGCUGAGAGUAACCGCCUGUGCCGCAGACUGCAGCUCAAAGACAUCAUCCCUGUGGAGGUGCAGAGAGUGACCAAAUAUCCACUCCUACUGGAUAACAUCGCCAAAUACACAGGUAGGGGAUACACUGGUUGUUAGUUGAUGUUUGCAUGUUUUACCAAGGAGCUGUUUUGGUCAUUUCUGAAGCAGCUGUUGCUCAAGGUUGUUUAUCUCCCCCGCAGAGGACGGAGAGGAGAGAGAGAAAGUGAAAAAAGCUGCAGAAUGCUGCAAGAAGAUCCUCAACCACGUCAACCAGGCCGUCAAAGAGGCUGAAAACAAACAGGUACCGCCUUAAAAUCUCUCCAAUGACAUUACAGAGGUUUUUACAUGAAGCUAAAGACAACCUUUAAUAUGCUUUAUUGUUACUCAACAGAGGCUGAUAGAGUAUCAGAGAAGGUUAGACAUCUCCUCACUCAAACAGAGUGAAAACCCCAUGAUCCUGGAGCUGAGGGUAAGAAAUGAUCCGACAUUUACAGAAACUGUCAAAUUUGUUUUAUUCCAAAACUAUCUAGAGUUGGCAGAUAACGAAAGUUAAAGAUGUAGCCGCCUUUUUUUAACUGAGAGUUGUUUUCUUUCUUUGAGAACCUGGACCUGACGAAGAGGAAGAUGGUGCACGAGGGACUGCUGUCCUGGAAAGUCAAUAAAGACAAGACGAUAGGUAAUUAUCAAGACUGUAGAAACUUGAUGCAAGCGUUUAUCAUGUUCUGGCAUCUUUGAAAACCCUCAUCCCAGAAAAGCUUAUUUUUAGCAGCUUGUGGGUGGGUGUUACUUUUUACACAGCUUUGUAGAUAUGGAACAACCAGAAAGCUCUCCUUAACAUGGUAGCUGUCGUUACAUCAGCUGCUUUUAUGAUGCUAUCUUUAGCUUGUUGUUUGAUGUCUUCAUGGUGGAUCUUAAUAGAUAUAAUGGCUUCAGGUUUCUCCAACAGUUGAGAUGCAAUUCCAGCUCGUGCUGGCCCGACUUUAGCUUCAAACCCAGAUUAGAAAGUUCUUAAAAUAAACUGUUCAGAAAAUCUGGAAACUUGUUCAGGGGUUACACCAACAUCCAUGUUUCUCAUUUUAGCAUGGCCAUCCAACAUGUGUAUGUUUUGAGUCAACUGGAGUUGGUUUAUUCGGGUGGAUACUGACUUUUAGUUGUUCAUCAGACUUUGCAUUUGGAGUAUGAAUUCAAAUCUUUAUGUCAAAAUUUAACAUUUGAAAAUGACAUACUUCUACACAAAACUUUGUCUGAAUGUCUUUUUUAACCAUUGAACCAAAACUGAAACUGAGUUAGCAGGUAACCAGCUACACCUACAGACCUACAGAGAGGUGUGUGAAUACAGACACACAUGCAGCAGAGCCAGAGUAUCACACUUGAUCAUUCAUCACAUUUAUCCCCAAAACAACGGUACCUACAAACACAAUAAAACCAAAUGCCAGAUAUCGACCUAUAGAUAAUGGGUUUACCCUUUAUUCUUCAUAUGGUAAAGGUUUAUCUAAAAUAUCCACUCCGCUGCUGUUCCUCUCUCAGAGCUGUACACACUCCUGCUUGAGGACAUCCUGGUUUUGCUGCAGAAACAGGACGAGCGUCUGGUCCUUAAAUUUCAUGGCAAAAAUCCAGCCAGUGCCACCGACACCAAACACAUCUUCAGCCCCGUCAUUAAACUCAACACUGUGCUGGUUCGUCCCGUUGCCACAGGUAACAGCUUCACACGUAUAAGAAUGGUUUUGUUUGGCGUUUUAUGUUUUGGACUGAAUCUUGGAUCAUGACAACUUGGAGUUCUCUGAUGUAUGAUAGACAAAUGUUUUUUGUUCCCUGCAGACAACAAGUCCUUCUUCGUGCUGUCCAUGUCCGAAAAUGGAGCUCAGAUCUACGAGCUGAUGGCUCAGACGGUGUCUGAUCAGAGAACGUAGGUUCAGAUUUAAACUUAGGUCACUUGUUUCCAUCAGAUUUAUACUGACUCAGCACCUCACCAUGCUUUAUCACCCGCAUUCAUCCAGGUGGCAGUGUCUGAUCACACAGUGUGCUGACGCCAUGAAGGCCAAACCUCACAGCAGAGACAAACCUGCAGCUCAGUCAGAGUGAGUUCAGCCGAAUACUCCCAGGUUCAAGUGUUUGAUUUCCAGCUAUGUUUUUAAUCAUGUGUGUUUCCUUUAGUGCUGAGCGGGAUGCCAUUGAGAUCAUUAAAGAGGGUUUGCCCAAAUCGAGCAAAGAUCCCAACAACACAUCGAGUGGAGGCGUCAGUUCUGCAGGUACAACAGCUGUUUAGACAGUUAUUUCAUCAUUUCACUGAGAGAUCAAUUUCAGAUCACAGAUUUUAGAUCUUGCAUCUUAAAUCUCAUUCCAGACAAAGAUGGCACCUCUACUCCAGAGGUUCAGACUCCACUGAGUACCAACCCGUUUGAUGGCAUGAAAUCAGAGGAUGAAGAUGAAGAGCCGACCUCAGCAGACAGACCAGAGGAAGAAGAGGGUGAUGAAGAGAUCGAUGAAGCAGAGCUGGAGGCUUUCCUGGACGGGCAGCUGGCAGAAGGACUGCCUUUCCUGCAGGACGGAGCCUGUCAAGGUGUUUCUGAAAACCAAGAGCAUGACGCACUUGAGGUACCCUCCUCCAAAGGUGAAGAAGCCCUCAGGACAUGUAAGUACAAGUUAAAGGGUCAUUCCGCUUAAAUAUCAAAACUUUUUCCGAAGGUUUGAAACUUUUUCAGAGUUGUCUAGAAUGUAAAAAAAAAUGCUUUUUCUGUUCCAGUGGCGAUGCUGAAGCAGGCUCUUUUCAACCACAUGAUCAGCAGAGAUACGGGAGAGGAGACAGAGGAGAGCAGGCAGAGCGCGGCUUCUGAGUGUCAGCUGACUGCCUCUUUGCCAGGGAGCUCUGAGGGGCCCUCCGCUGCAGGAGACGAGAGCCAAGCUGCUGCUGGGUCACAGAAAGACCCUUCGGGAAACACAGGGGCGACAGAGACACCUGAACACAACGGUGAGGAAAUCAUGACACAGUUUCUGAAUGUUUUGCUUCUCGUGGUGUUGACGGAUUAAAGGAAUAGUUAGGUAUUUUUUAAGACAUACAACGAUAGAUAAGAAUAUUGGUGCGAUUUUCUGAUGGAUCAAAUUUCCUCACAUGUUGAACUCUUCUCAACUACUUCUGUUUUCUUCAUCUCUUUCUUCCUCUUCUUCAUCCAGGUGGAUUCAUGGUUUUGGACUUCUGCGGGGGCUCUGAGGGGAGCAGUACCGAUGAUGACGGGGGAGUGGGUGUAGACGUGGGGAUCGACAUGAGUAAACUGCUCUCCUCCUCCUCACAGACAGGAGGCCUCAGCGGACCCAACCUCAGCAGGCAGCUCAUGACUCACCUGCGCCUCCUGCAGGCCGACCUGCAGUAUCUGAAGGUACUGAACCCAUAAUCAGUGGACUAAAAUCCAAGUUUGAUAUAGUUGAACUUUUGUUGCUAAAAUUAAUAAACAAUAUUGUUAACAGUCUGAAGGUGAAUCAGGCCAAUCUUAUAUUUUUAAAAAUUUGGUCUAUAUGUGAACAGAAACCCUAAUUCAUUAAAACCUACUAUAGUACAUGCAGGUGAGCAGUCCAAGUGCGUAUCAGUGGCAUGAAUUAGAUACUUCCCUUUCAGUAUGUCCAUCACGUUUGUCAGGUUUUCUGCAUCUAAGCCUAAUUUGAGAACUAGGAGGGUUAAACCUGAUCUACAAAAGAACUGCAUGGAUUUUUUGAGCGCCGCACUUGUACAAAAGAGCCCAAAACUAAUUUACGGAGCAUGUGCGGAAGGUCAAAUGCCCCAUCAGCAGGGCUGCGGAGCGAGUCGUGUCACUGUGCGCUGGUACUUUUUGUUCAUGUUACAAUGAACUGUCAUGCAGUCACUCACCCUUUCUAUGCACAUGAACCUUAUUACAUAAAAGGUUGCAUUCCCAAACACUGGCACUUACAGCUGCGCAUAGUUUAAAGUGAAACAGGGAGUUUGAUCUAACUGUGUGCAGAAUAAAAGGAAAUGAUAAUAAUAAUAAGAAUUCCACCUCUGGAUGAGCUGAAAGUGAUAAGUCUGUUCAUUAAGUCUGUUAACAUCACUUUUGCUUUGUCUGUGUUGUUAUAGUCAAAGGUGAAAUCCUUGUUAAUAUAAGUGUGUUUUAAGCACAGUGAUCUCCUCUUUCUCUGUCAAUCAUGGAGAAGACUUUAUUAGUCAAAAUCAGCCUAAAAACAGAUCAAUAGUCUCCACCUUCCUAAUUCGGUUCAUUAUUUGUAUGUGGGUUUUUGUAUGGCUCUGUCAGGAAGAGAGUCCACAGCACAGCUCUGAGCAGCAGAAAACUAAAAUGAAGAUCUCAUAGAUUAUAAAGAAAACCAGAGCUGCAAAAGUAUGUCAGCAUCUUUGCAUGAUGAUUUUACUACGCUGCUCUGCUUCUUCCAGGAGGUGGAGAUGAAGUACAACGAGCUGAGACAAGUGCACGGCCACCUGGCGACUGACUCAGAGGAAAACAAUGGUAACUUUCUCUGAGUCUCUCUGUCAUGACAUCAAAGUCAGCUGGAAUCUCUUUAACCUUUGAUUUCUCUUAAAGGUUUAUCAGACGGGAUUCCGUGAUCUUAGACUUACUGCCAUCUCGGUUGUGUGUGCCAAGUGAAAUGCUCCUCCUUAAGUUCCUCUGACUGCAGAGGCUGAACGUCUGAUCACUUCAGGCAUGUGAAGAAGACUCCAUCACCAUUAACUCUUAUUCCUACUGAGGAGAGAUACUGUGGAAUUACCCAAGGACAACUCAGUCAGUUUUUACUCUAAUAAUUUUAUUACUGCAUAAAUUAUCUUAAACACUGGAUUUACAUGAAGAAAAACAAAACUGUACGGUUGUGCAGCAGGAGGAGAAGGAGUGUGAAGAUAUGAAAGAAGAAAUGAAGACUGUUAGCAGAAGGACACUCUGAGGACCAGGUGAUGGAUUUUCUUGAUCAGGACUCACUGCUGUAAGCUCGAAGGUCUCUUACACCUCUGUGCAUUUAUAACUCAGUUUGCCAUAAUGGACUUCAGACUUCAGAGGCAAAAAUGUACCACUCAGAUCUUCAGAAAACCUCCAAAAGGUUGUUAGAUUCCUUAAUGAGUUCACGUUUAUGCAGAAUUUCUUGUUUUAAUCGUCUUUGGCAUGGCAUGAAAAAAGAAUUCGGGAGCUUUAGCUGGUCCAAAUCAAAAUCACAACUCUUGGUUGUAUCCUCACUGUUUUACACGUACAAGAUCUACACAUACAGACCAUAAACUGGUCUACAUCAGGCAGUAGCUUCAGCAGUUAUCACUCAAUAAAAACACAUUUUUGAUUCUGCUUUAAUCUUUAAUCUGUAGGUAAAUAUUUACACUUCAGACACUACUGGGCGAGCUGUGUCAGUCUAAUUCCAGUCUUAAUGCCAAGCUAGGCUUUUCUGUUUUCAUACUUAAGCACAGGUUUGAGUUAUAUCAGCCUUCAUUUCCAACAUUGUAAUUUCAGAGAAGUUUUUAGGCACUUUGAACACAACCAUGCUAGUUAUGUUCAUAUUAAAUAAGAUAGGUAAUAACUCCAGCUUGAAACUUUACAUUAGGACAUGGUAGAGAUAAUUGUCUUCUGCAGAGAAAAGCACUUGAAGGUCUCAUUGAAGCACUUAGAUAUCACAGUUUGUCAGUGGUUUUAAGGUGUCGGCAAAUAAAGAGUCGAUUCAACUCACAACCCACAAUUCUUUUACCAUAAACAAUAAUCUGUCUAAAACAAAAGCUGUCUAAAACCUCCAGUUUUUACUUUUCCUGUAGCAUUAAGAUGUAGCAAAAUACAGCGAACAACAACUAAAGAAAUCCAUAUAAGCUAAGUCUACAGUUCAUUAAGUAGCACUUCAAUCAAAAACUGGUGAGAAGCAUCCCAGAAAAAGGCCACGCUACAUGCCAUUAGAAGAAGACUUGAAGACUUGCAGCAUGGAGGUACCAAUAGCCACAUUUUAAUACACAUGAUCUGUAUUUACGUUACUAUGCUGCAGAACCACCAUAUUUACUGUUGCCACUUUUUGAUUUUGCUUUCCCUCCAUAUUUUUGCCAAUUUAAUAUCCGUGACAGGACUCCAUAUAUUCAUCAUACACAGAGAGAUCAGAUUUUGGAAAAACUGAAUCAGGUUUUCUUGAUGUACCACCUGCUCUGAUGAGGUAUCUGCAGCUGUUAAAAAAAGGAUGUAUUUAAAAAGUGUGUCACUGCUGGUGUUUUUCCUGAUGCUGCAUGCUGAAUCCUUCUCCGCGGAGCUCUUUCACGUGUAUUUUUUAAACUCUAACUUAAUUGUAAAUGUGUUUUCUCUCUCUUUCUUCCACUGGCUUUCUUGAUGAACUAACCUGAGUGACACUUGACCUCUUUGUGCAUCACCACUCACUGUAAUCUUUAAUCCUAAUUUGGCUUAAACAUCAUGAGAAUCGUUUUUACUUCUGCCACAGACUUCUCAUCUUCCACUAAUAACCGUCUUCUGUGUGUACAGACAGUUAUUUUUAAGGCUCAGGCUUAGAGUUUGACAAACACUCACCAGCCACAAGACUGCACAGUAUUUCUAAAACCAUAAAGAAGAAGGACAGUGUCAGAAGAGUGGUUUAAAUGUAAGGAAAAUAAUGUACAAAUAUGACCGUCAGAGAUUUGUGUUUGUUUUUGUACAAUGCAAUCAUGUAAUAUUUUAACACAAACUAAUUAAAACAGGGUUAAGUAUCAAUGCA